AUGUCUAUGUCAGUGGAGAUACGAGUUCCAAACUUGGAUUGUGAAGGAUGUGCUUCUAAGCUUAAGAAGACUCUACUCAAGCUCAAAGGAGUGGAAGAAGUGGAAGUAGAAAUGGAAACUCAAAAAGUCACGGCUCGAGGAUACAGAUUAGAGGAGAAGAAGGUAUUGAAAGCGGUACGACGGACCGGUAAGGCUGCUGAACCGUGGCCAUACCGGUUAGGCAAUAGCCACUUUGCCUCUUUCUACAAAUAUCCUUCUUAUGUGACCAACCACUAUUACUCCGAUGCACACCGUACCGAUCCCACCGGUGGUGUUCACACUUUCUUCCACACUCCGGCGGUUUAUUCCGUCGCGGUGGCCGGCGAUGAAAUAGCGGCUUCCAUGUUUAGCGAUGAUAAUCCUCAUGCUUGUACAAUUAUGUAA